GCCCCGGUUGACAGCAAUGGAGGAAAGACCGAGCAGAGGCAGGGGAGGCGGCUGGAAAAGAGGCGGCCGGGGUGGACAUGACAGCGACAGUCACGGCGGUGAACACCGCGGCAGAGGCAGAGGAGGCCACCACCGCGGCCGGGGGAAAAGAGACCACUACCGGGGUCGUGGACGCGGGGGGAGCGGCCAUGCAGCGGAGUUCCAUCACCGGAAUAAAGAUGAAGACUUUCAGGAGGAAGCAGACAACACUGAGGUGUUCUCCAGGAGGAAACUGGAGUCAAACUGGGACCGAUAUGCUGAGUCAGAGAGGCAGGAGCCUGAAGACGACACACCCACCCAGAGAGGAACAGACUACCACGUCCUGCUCGAGUCAGCAGGGGAUUCAUUCACUCAAUUCCGGUUUUCAGAGGAAAAGGACUGGGAGAUGGACUCAUUUAUAGCCAACCAGAUGUCUGCAGCGUUUGUGGACCUCCCAGCGCUCGCUCAAAGCCUCCAACAGCUGCCCCUCCAUCAGAGACUCAACCUGGAGGCCGAGCUGCUUCAGGUCUCAACACCAGUAGAGCUUCCCACUGUGACCUUCACCCAGAAACAAGAGAAGCCAAAAGCAGCUACAUUCACUCCCCCAUCCACAGCUUUAAAAGUCAACACCAGCCAGAGAGUGGCCAUAGCUACAAACCCAGCAUCAGGCUCAAAGGUUUCCUCUAAAGCUGCAGAGUCUGUGCCAGUUGAUGAUGCUGAUGAAGAGUUGGAUGAGCUGCUCGGUUUACAGAAACCGGUCCAGGCUGUUACGGGAAACCAGACUGUCGGUGAGGCAGAGGAGGAGGCAGCUGCUCCAAAGAGAGCGUGUGAGGAAGUGAAGGAGGUGGCAUUGAAGGUGACAGAAGAGAAGAUGCAGGAGGUGAAAAACCAAGAAGUCACACCUCCAAAGUCUGCUUCUGUCAGGAAGGAGGUGACAGAGGAGGACCUGGAGGACUGGCUGGACAGUAUGAUCUCCUGACUGUCAAACACUGAGGAAAGACAUCAUUAGAGACACUGGAAGUUGAUCAAAACAAACUAGAGUCUGGAUUUGAAAUCAGACUUUUGCCAAAACAAACCCAAACUUUCAGCCUGAGUGUGAAAAGUUUACAUGGUGGAUGGACUUGGUGGUUGUUUUUUGUCACUUUGCUGAUGAAAAAGUGGCAGUCAGGUCAUUUGUUUGUCUGUUUUUUCAGUGUUAGAGAUGGGACAGUAUGUCUUGAACAUUUGUGAAAAUGUUCCCUCUUCAUUUCAUGUCUCCCAGGAUUAUUCUCUGCUCCUUGUGAGACUGUGAAAGUUACACACCACAGGAGUUUCGCCUUACUGUCAGAAGGACAGACAACAUGUUUGGUUUAUUGCGUCAGUUACUUUAUUCAUUUCCUCCCCCUCAUCAAAAGAAACGCAGGAUUUUACCAAAGCUACUACAUACAUACAAAUGGCCAUACAAUAGCAGUUAACCAUUUUGUCGCCAAUAAAUCCUUGAACCAA